AUGAGCAUGAUCUUCAUCAUUUUCACAGCGAGCUUCUUCCACAUCCCAGGCAGAGGGCGCGUCUACCGAACUCUCGAGCAAUAUCGUGGUCUGUCGUCUUUCGAACAAAGAGCCCGCCGCGUGCUGGCUCGGACGCCUCUAAUCGACGGACAUGUUGAUAUGCCUAUGCUCAUCAGAGGCGUCUAUGAGAACAGAAUCGACAACGAGGAAUGGAGAAAGGCCUUCGAGAAUGGCACACUGGCGGGCCAUGCCGACAUCAAGCGCUUGAGAGACGGCAUGUCGGGGGGCGCGUUCUGGAGCGUUUGGGCCCCUUGCCCACGGAAUGGCUCCGACUUCUCUGACGGGAACCUUCAAAAGAGCCUUCAAUUUACACUGGACCAGAUUGACCUCAUGCACCGCAUACACACCAUGUAUCCGGAUGACUUCUCCCAUGCUCAGGGACUACAUGCUACCGAUACUCUGCGUGUGUGGGCUGAGGGCAAGCUGAUCUCGCCCUUGGGCAUCGAGGGACUGCACCAAAUUGCCAACAAAGCCUCUAAUCUGCGCCGAUUUUACGAUCUCGGCGUACGUUAUGCGACGCUAACCCACAACUGCCACAAUAAGUUCGCCGAUGCUGCGCAAGAGGAGUACCCAAUGCGCAAAGCAACCCCUGUCUUCAACGGAGUCAGUGAGGAUGGAAAAAGGUUGAUCAAUGAAAUGAACCGUAUCGGUAUGAUUGUUGAUAUUGCACAUGUUAGUUCGGCGUACGCCAUCUGCCCUCAUCCUCGCAAUGUCAAAGACUAUGUCUUGAACAUGGUCAAGCAGCGCAAUUCGGUAGUCUUGGUCAACAUCGCUGGUCAAUUCAUAGCCUGCAGAGAUGUAGGGGCCGAUGAUGGAAUGCCUGAGCCUAUUCCGGAGGAGGCCACAUUGGGCCGAGUCGUCGAGCACAUCAUGUACAUUGGCGAGCUCAUCGGCUACGAUCAUGUCGGCAUCGGUACAGACUUGGACGGGAUCCUCGACGCCCCCGAAGGAUUCAAAGACGUUACGGGUUAUCCGGCCCUUGUCGCAGAGCUUCUGAGGCGAGGCGUGAGUGACGAGGAUGCGGCCAAGAUUGUGGGUAAGAAUGUGCUGCGUGUCUGGGCCGAAGUAGAGGAAGUCGCUGCAGGGUUGCAGGCGAGAGGCGAGCCUGUUCUUGAGGAUGACGUUUCCUACGACGGCCCUUACUGA